GAUGGCUGCGACCAUGAAAUCACUUCCCUGCAACUUUUUGUGUGUUUUUACCGUAGUUUUCUUCAAAUAAAACCCAUAUGAUGUGAAAAGAUUGAGUUGAUGCUAGUUUAUAAGUGAAACUUCGACAAGAUUCCUCUACUACUGCAAGUGCAAGGAUGACUCUGUUUGGCCAAGUCGUAAUCGGUCCUCCGGGCUCUGGAAAAACAACAUAUUGCACUGCCAUGAAGCAGUUCUUCUCAACACUUGGUAGGAAGGUUGCCGUUAUCAACAUGGAUCCCGCCAAUGAUACGCUUCCGUACGAAUGUGCCAUAGACAUCUCGGUUCUCAUCACUCUCAGCGACGUCAUGGACAAUUUAAAACUUGGCCCAAAUGGCGGACUGAUCUACUGUAUGGAAUAUUUGGAGAAGAACUUGGACUGGCUGAAGGAAAAGAUUGACAAAUUGAAAGAUCAUUACCUCCUCUUUGACUUCCCAGGUCAGGUGGAACUAUACACUCAUCACGAGUCUGUGAAAAAUAUCGUUCAGAAGAUGAUAAAGUGGGACUUCCGAUUAGCCGCUGUUCAUCUUGUUGAUUCACACUACUGUAGUGACCCUUCAAAAUUCAUCGCCAUUCUUCUCACCUCUUUAUCUACCAUGUUACAAGUGGCUUUGCCGCAUGUAAAUGUGUUAUCUAAAGCAGACUUAAUUGAAAAGUACGGCAAACUUUCAUUCAAUUUGGAUUUCUUCACGGAAGUAUUAGAUUUGGACUUCCUCUUGAACCAUCUUCAGGAUGAUCCAUUCUUUUCCAAGUUUAAGAAGUUGAAUGAAGCCAUUUGUGGUGUGAUUGAAGAUUACAGCUUAGUGUCUUUCAUCGCCUUAGACAUAGAGGACAAGGAAAGUGUGUUACGCAUCGUGAAAACAGUGGACCAGGCUAACGGUUACAUGUUCAAUGACCUCGAGGAACGUAACUUACAGACUUUGAUGUCUUGUGCUGUAGGAACGUCGGAAUUCGAAUACGACAAGAUUCGUAAUAUUCAGGAAAAAUACAUGAGUAGUGAAGACAAUGAACCUACAGGAGGUUCGGAUAAAGAUGACCAGAUGGUGAUGGACUGAUGAAAUGUGUAAAUUUCAGUUUUCCGACAACAUGCAUUUAACCAUGAAAUGUUUGUGAAACUAAAAGUUGGUAAUUUUUUUGCUUACAGUACAUGUUAUCAGUGAUGCAUUUAAGAUGGCAGAAUCUCAGAUGUCCUGCACUUAAAAACAAUCCUGGGAUGAAAAAAAGAAAACAUUGUACUCCUAAUGCAUCCAGCUGAAUAAUUAGUGUAAUAGAUUUUUGGAUGGA